AUGGAUGCCCAUGUGAAACAAGGAGAGGUGCACUUACAACACCACAAAUAUGUCGAGAAAUGGAAGAGGUACUGGAUGAUUCUGUAUCCCUCAAGCCGGAGGGGGGUGGCCCGUCUGGAGAUGACCGAGACAGGGAGCGAUAAGCCGACGGUGGUCAGACGGCAGCCCGACCGCAGGGUGAUCCGCCUGGCCGACUGCGUCAGCGUGGUGCGCCUCCCCCCCCAUGCCGAGGCUUGCCCGAGAGACAACAUGACUGCCUUCUGCGUGGAGACGGAGACCAAGCGCAUGGUGUUAGCGGCCGAGAGGGAGAGCUGCGAAGACUGGGUGGAGAAGAUCUGCGAGAUCGCCUUUCAGGUGGGUGGAGGCGGUGCUCAGAGUCAGGGUCCUCCCAUGGAAGAAAAUCAGAUCUACGUGUCCAGAGAGGAUGUGCGUGAGUUCAAGGUGACUGUCCAACAGUCCGAGGCUGCAGAUCACUGCAAGCUUCAGGGGACAUACUGGUUGGAGGCUGGCACGGAGUCACUGGUGCUCAAGGAGUUGGAGACCAGAAAGACGCUGAUGGAAUGGCCUUACAGACUUCUACGGCGUUACGGACGGGACAAGCUGAUGUUUUCCAUUGAGGCAGGGCGGCGUUGUGAAUCAGGGCCUGGAACGUUCAACUUUGAGACGAGGCAAGGCGAUGAGAUCCUGAACCUUAUUGAGUCUGCGAUCCGCGAGCAGAAGUCCCUCUCCGUCCCCAAGGGUCACCGUGAACCUAACUCUCCUUUGCCCAGGAGACCUGACAGUGCCAUCUCGCUUGAUACUUUCAGCAGCGUGAGUUCAGAUUCGGGCGAAUCAAGCGAGUGUGUACACUGCGAGUCGGCCAGUGGCACAGACUCGACCGAGUGUCUGAGCUCAGACGCCGUUUCCCCGGCCGAACCAAUCUAUUCGACUCCCAUCGAUGCCGUUGGCUUUUCUAAAUCGGUGUAUUCAGAAAGGUCUAAAGCCACCGGCUCCGCCCAGACAGUAAAUAUAAAACUGACCAAUGAGGUUGGCUUAGAUGAGCCAAUAUACUCGCAGCCAGCAGAUGCAGUUAAUUCACAAGUGAUACUGAGGAGGGACCAGAACUCCACCCCUGUCAAACACCAACAAUGCAACCCAACAGAACCUAUCUAUUCCAAUCCUGUUGACCUCGUCCACUCUGCCUCUAAUGCAAACCAGCACAUAUAUGCCAAUCCUGCAGAUGCACUCAAUCAGCCAGCGUCCUCAGCAACAUCUCACCAUGGCAACCAGUCCGAACCAGUGUACUCUAAGGUUAACAGACUUGUCUCACCACAUGUGGGACAGAAAUCACCAAGGCCCAAUCAUAUCACUGAGGAGCCGAUAUACAGUGAGCCAGAAGUAGUCACAAAUUCCAGACCAGAUGAAGUUCAACAACAAGAUCAAAAGAGAGAUGAACUAUUUCCAAUCUACAGCAAAGUCAACAAACGACCAAAGUCUCCCCAGCCCCAGCCCAAAAGCCCCAGGUGUGGUCGCCAGUCGCCAGAAGUCAUCUACGAGACCCUGGGAGAGAUUUAA